GACGCAAUUACCGGCGGUUUCGGACUCUCAACCUUCUCACCAUCUCAACGACUCUUGGUCAGCCCCACCGAUGGGCCCGGUUCCGGUGGUUGGCUGACCUCAGGUGUGGAACGCUGUGGAGUGGGAGAAGAAGAUGGCGGCGUGGAUGUCUCUUGUAUCUCCUCUUCCUUCGUUUCUUCCUCAUCGCCCGCCUCUUCGCCCUCUUGUGAACAAGAGGCAGCAAUAGCCAACAAGACAGUCAAUGUCACUCUGGCCACUGCUGUUGGUGGGGCCAGAACCGGCUGUUUUGUGCUUGACAGAGGGACCAACAGAUUGGGAAACCAAAGAGGACCUACAAAAAUAGCCCAGAAGAAAGAUACAGCGCAUAUAUCAGACUCGAGAAGCCUUGAAUGGGUUGACCAGAAAGCAACGGCGAUGUAG